GCAGCUGCUGUUUUGUUCUAUAAAGGCCCUUGUAUCAGCAUCACUAUCAGUGAUACGAUCAGAAGAGUAGAGGAAAAGAAGAUGGCUCCCGUCAGCCACAACCUAGCUGCUGCUGCUCUCCCCUUGGUACCCUUCGCCUUCCUGCUGAUCUUGAAUGCCCCCUUCAUCGCGCGUGCUGACGAGGGGUGCGUCUACACCGUCUAUGUGCAGACGGGGUCCAUACUUAAAGGUGGAACUGACUCCAAGAUCUCCGUCACCAUCUCCGACUCUUCCGGCGAGGAGCAUGGGGUGCACGUAGCCAACCUGGAGACUUGGGGGCUCAUGGAGGACGGCCACGAUUAUUUCGAGCGCGGCAACCUCGACGUGUUCAGCGGGAUGGGGAGGUGCCUUGACCGUCCGAUCUGCUACCUCAACCUGACAUCCGACGGCCAAGGGCAGCACUCAGGCUGGUUCUGCGACUACCUGGAGGUGACCGCCACGGGCCCUCACAUGGGCUGCAGCCAAUCCGCCUUCUACGUCCGCCGAUGGCUCGCCCUCGACGCCCCACCUUACCUCCUCUCAUCCGUCAUCAAUGGCUGCUACAGCACCACCUCCAGGCCUGGAAGGUCCAUCUUCCAUAGCCCUGGUGCCGAUGACCGAUCGUCAUCUUCAUCAUCAUGAUCCUCGUGAACCAUGGUCAUACGUCAUUUCCAUUUUCGUGAUGCAUUCGCCUCCUUGUUCUUAUUUUCGAGCUCUAAACUCUUUCUCUAGAGUUUAUAUUGUGCGGGUGAAUUUUUUUUUUCAUGGUUC